UUGAGAAGCUAUUACAGUAUGAUGAAUUUACAGUGGAAAGUAUGGCAGCACCGCAGUUCACGACAAGAUGAUCCAUAAUAAUUUAGUGGAUUGCCAGAGGCUCUGAUCUGCCUUUUCCAUGCUCGCCUAAAGCCUGCUCCAUAAAAUAAAGUACGCUGACAGCAGUGUCUGUGGAUUGUGUGAUGUGCAGAGGUCAAGGCAUUCCAAACGGUUCACUCAGAUGUUUUCAACGUGAUUACAAAGUGGCAUAAACAGCUGCAGAGCCUCCACAUAUAUAUAACUGGCACAAAAUACGCAGGUCCCUAUGGAUGAAUCCGUGGAGCAAACACAACAUUCUCAGAACAAUUCAAAAAGUAAAAAGAAAACAGUUUCUCUUCCAUCAUAUGUGUCUCAUCCAGUACUUCUACCAUCAGGGUCUAGUGGAACCAUAGAUGAUAAUCGAUUGUCCCAGACACAGUUUGGUGAAUGCAGAGGCACCUGGAAGCCUGUGGAGUGGAUGGAAGUCCCAGAGGUAUGGGACAACGGUACCUCUGGACUGGAGUACCUCAGUCAGGUCGAUCAAGUUCUUCUGCAUCAGCAAAGAGAGCUUAUAGAAGCUUUUGAUGGCAUGUCUUGUACAAGAAAAUUUCAGCUUAAAAACUCAAUGGGGAAGAUGAUGUACUUUGCAACUCAGACAAACAUCUACCAAAGUGCGAAUUUCCGUGGCUACCAGCAAGGUUUUGAGAUGAAUAUUUAUGACCACCGCAAGAGAGAAGUCAUCCACCUGAUCCAGCCCUUCAUUUGUUCUCUGAUAUUUUGCCCAUGGAAUGUGCAACAGAUGGAAGUGCAGGCACCUGUUGGGGUUGUGGCUGGCUAUGUCAAGGAGGCGCACUAUCCUACCACAUACCGGUUCACUAUUCGAGAUUCUGCGGGACAGACAGCAUUGUUCAUUAAAGGUCAAUGCCAAGGACUGUGCUUUGGAAGAAAUGCCAAUCUUGAUAUUUUUGACAGAACCUGGAAGUCAAAGAUUGGAACCAUCUCAACACAGUACUUUCUGGACAACUUUGGAGACACACUUUCAAUACAGUUUCCAAAAGAUCUGGAUGUAAAGCUGAAGGCUGUCAUUUUGGGAGCAAGCAUUCUAAUCGAGAAUAAGUUCUGACAAGGUGCCAGUGACAAUAAAAGGUGUUUAAGUGCUUUGAUUUGCUUUGUGUUCAUUAUUCAUGUACUUCAUUAAGCUUUCAUGAAUGACACAAGGGAUGCAUAUAACGCAAGGGACCAGAAAAAGAUCAAGUAAACAAGAGAAAUCUCCAUGGAUGACACCGCACAUCAGCCUCUGUCUAAUAAUGGCCUCUUGCCCCUGUCAAACACAAUAA